CCAAUAAAUGCCUAAAUCAGUGUCACCAACAUUUAAAAGAAAAGUUCAAAAUUAGUAAAUGUGUGUUUUGAAUUGCCUAUCCUUCAGGACUGAAUUGUCAAAAAAUUUAUAUAAUUUUUCAUUCUCCAUUUUUCGACUUCUUCAGAUAUCACAUAAAUUUCCUUUUUUUUGUAUCACAAAUUCACAGUUAAAAUGUCUGCUGCAUUACAGGCUCCAGUACGUGUAUCACCCUUAAUCAAGUUCGGAAGAUGGAGUUUCUUGGGAUUGGGAGUGCUAUAUGGGGCCUUCCACAAUAACAGACUCUCCAAGAAAGAGGCUGCGUUUAGAGAAGUAAACGAUAAAAUUAAAGCAGAACGGGACGCCAAAGUAGCGGCCGAGAAAAUGGCAGCAGCCGAAAGAGAAAUCAAGGAACUAGAAGCGAUGGCCAGAUAGAUACAUUUUGCCAUCUAUGUUUAGAGUAAUACAGUGAUUUUUUUUUGUUAAAUAGUUUUUUUAUUACUUACAGUAAAGUGAAUAAAUAUAAAGUUUAGCCAUACUGUGUAAAAUUGAUAUUUACUGGGAUUAUGUCUGUAAAAUUAAUUUUCUAUACCUGUCAACUACAACAUUACCAGAUAUACUUACUGAUGCUUAUUUUUUAGUUUAAUAUAAGUAAUGAAUAUGAGUUUUUAGGUAUAAAUUAGGUCUAAAAACUUCAUUCUUGUUACAAAAGUUCAUCUCAUCAUAGUCUAUAUUCUAUUGUAAUAAUAGAAGCUGUGUUAUGGUUAUAAAAAACAAUUUGGUUAUAAAACAAAAAAAUGUCUUUUUGGUAUUAUAAUGUACAUAUUAUAAAAUUGUGCAGGCGAGUUCUGGGGUUACAGCUUCUCCACUUGACCUCUAUAAAUGAAAGUAUGUCCCAUUAAGUAAUUUUCUUUUCAAUGAUUGUCAUAUGUAUUUACUGUUUGAAACACACAAUAAGUGUGCAGUUGUAAACCCAAAUUAAAAAAUAAUGUUAUUAGAAAUCUAAAUAGUAUGUCAUAAUAAUGAAAAACUAACAACAAAAAUCAUAAAUAUAUUAACAUACACAAAAUCGAAACAACUAAUAUUAAGACUAGGGAAUUUAAGUCACAGUUAGUUUUAACAUCCUCACAAAAUUAGAAAAGCUUGAAUUAAAAAAUUCUAGACUAUCAGCACAAGCAUUAGUGCUUCGUGAAACUCUAGGCAUGAAUAAUUUCAGGCCAGUAUCAGUUCUCAUGUAGGGCUGAUGAAAACUGUUUAUUGAUCUUGUGCUUCUAGUUGGGGCUGCCAACAACAUGCAUGAAAUCAAUGUAGGGCAGUCAACCAUAUAAUUACAUAAUUAAUGAGCUUAAAAAAUAAUUUCAGAUCUGACUGAUCUCUUCUUAUUCUCAAAGUUGGUAAGAAGAAUAAUAUCUCUUGAAGUGCCGUAAAAUCAUAGGAAUAGUCAUCUAUCCGUGGAAUAUUUGAUUUAAAUGUUAAAUAGCGAAGAAAUUUUCUCUGAACCUGUUCUAUGAGUGUGACAAGUAUACUGGGGGUUCCAGACUGAAGAGCAAUUUUCUAGCAGAGGCCUAACAAGACUACAGUACAAUAACCUGAUAGCAUUAAUACUUGUAAAGUCUGAUGUGUUUCUCUUUAUAAACCCAAGCAUACCAAGUGCUCUGGGUACUAUAUUGUGUCAAUGUGAUUGACAAAUGAUAAUAACACCCAGAUGUGUGCAACUUAGAACACUGGUGUACCCUUGAUAAUAUAUUGAUAAUCAAUUCUGUUGAUCUUCCUAGUAAAGGAUAUCUAGUAAGAUUUAGUGAUGUUUAGGUCCAUAGCAUUACUUGCACACCACUCAUCAUUCCUAGAGAGAUCAGACUGAAGUUUGUGACAAUCCUCAAGAGAUGAAACUGCUAGGUAGCACUUUAGGUCAUUAGCAAUGCAUAAAAAUUUGGAAAACUUGAAACAUUCUGAGAUAUCAUUUAUAAAUAAUAAAAAUAACAAAGGGACUGCAGAUGGAUUGGGAAUGUUUUUAGAUCUGUAAUUAUUAAAUUUAACAGCUUGGAAUCUUUCAGAUAAAUAACUCGCCAGCCAUUGCAAUAAUAUUCCCAUGAUCCCAGCAGUCUCCAGUUUAUUUAACAAAACUUUGUGAUUGACCCUGUCGAACGCCUUGGAAAAGUCUGUGUACAUGGCAUACACCUCACCACCUCCAUCCAAGGCAUCCGACAGAUAGUCAACAAAAGCAAGUAAAUUCAGUUCUGUAGAUUUUUUGUUAAGAAACCCAA